AUGACGAUGAGUCAGUUAUCAGUUAUGAAACUCUAUACCACAGUCGUCGACGACGUGAUCGCCGGAGUGAGGGAUUGCUUUCUAGAUGACGGAGUAGAUGAACAAGUGCUGCAAGAACUGAAACAAUUAUGGAAAACUAAGCUACAAUCCAGCGGAGCAAUGGACCCACCUCAACCAGAGCCGUUGAUGCCAGCUCCGCCGGUGCUACAGAACUUCCAAAAGGCAAAUGGUAAUAACACUAUGCCUAAAAGAACAGAUCCUCAUAUGGGUCAACAGGGUUCUAGCCAAAACUCAGGUGUAGAACAUGGACCUCCUGCUUCUAACAUAGCUGGUGCUCAUCCACAUCAUGUGCUGGAUCCCAAUAAUAAAGUACCAGUGCAACUUACUCUACCUGCUCAACCUGGUGUGCCGGGAUCUCAGCCGAGGUCAUUUACUAUUCAAAUACCUGCAUCAGCCUUAAAUGGCAACAAAUUGCACCAGGUGCUUACAGGUCCUAUUAUUAACGCUACAAUAAGUUUACCCCAACCGUUAGCUGCUACUUUACUUCAGCAACACAUAAACUCAGCACUUGCUGGCCAACAAAAUGAAUUUGAUGGGGGUGGAGGCGGACGUAGCGGGACUGCCCCAUUUUCCUUAGAUGGAGCCCUAGAUUCAUCAGAUGAUGAGGGUUCUAAUGUGGGAGAUGGCUCUGAUGAUGCAGCAGGUGAUGAUGACGAAGAUGAAGAGUCUCCAGAAGAGCGAGCCGAGGAGGAGGAAGAGGAACGGGAUGAAAGUGGUGGUGCAGAGGAGGAACCUCUCAAUUCAGAGGAUGAUGUAUCUGAUGAAGAACCAGGUGAAAUGUUUGAUACUGACAAUGUUGUGGUUUGCCAAUAUGACAAAAUUACUCGCAGUCGCAAUAAGUGGAAGUUUUACCUUAAAGAUGGUAUCAUGAACUUAGGUGGGAAAGAUUAUGUCUUUCAGAAAGCCAAUGGUGAUGCAGAAUGGUGA